CAAUUUUUGUAGAAGAUCGAAUUACACUAAUGGAAGUAUCCCUUUACAAACCACGGAUCUGCAAAGAGAUUGAAGUCAGAAGCGCUGUCUUUCCAUUUGCUUUAUCCUCCAUAGGAGAAUACAUGCGUAUUUUUGAGCUCAUAGCAUAUUAUGUGGACGGACUUCUCAAGCACCAGGAGGUCAUACGAGAGUUGUCUAAAGAAAGUAAUGGGGUAAAGGAGGUAACUUCAGAAAUAUUUUCGGAUUGGUGGAGUAAGACUUUAUAA